CGAGUGCUGACUACAUCUACAACAAACAAGGAACAAGAUCAUUUAAUGUUUGAAGGUUAAAGAGCAGAAAUGGCUGAUGGUAUUUAUGAAGAUGUGAUCAGGACUGAGUCUGAGAGAAUGAACACAGACAGAAUGGAGAUGACAGUGGAAAUCUAUGAGAGUGCAGAAUUUGUGAGAGAUCAUGACUUCAGGACAGAGACAAACACACACCAACCACUUCAGCGUACAGGAAGUGUUUGUGUGAAGAUCAGAAGCUCCAGAGCAGCUGCAGUGUGUUUGGUGCUGCUGUGUGUUCUUCUGCUGACUGCAGUCAUAGUGCUGUGUGUCACGUUCACUCUAGAGAGACGACAGUUAAUAUCCAAGAAUGAAAACCUGACCAAUGAGAGAGAGCAGCUAAAACUGGAGAAAAAUGAUCUUCAGAUGAGUCUUGGUAAACUGGAUGGAUGGAUUUACUAUCAAUCCAGUCUUUACUUCAUUUCCUCUGAGGAGAGGACCUGGGCUGAGAGCAGAAGAUACUGUACAGAGAGAGGAACAGAUCUGAUCAUCAUAAACAACAGAGAGGAACAAGGAUUUGUCAGUAACAGUUUUGUUAGUUUCUGGAUUGGUCUGACUGACAGUGAUGUGGAGGGCAGAUGGGAAUGGUUUGAUGGCACCAACAUGACCUCUGGUCAGUAUCAUAUCACACAGGAAGCAGCACUGAACAUCUAA